AUGCUGGUGACCUAUUUGGAAGCCAGCCGGUACCUUUGCGAGACGGACUCAAUUCUUUUUGGCGCCACACUGGCAGUAUGCCGUAUUAUUGGCGCCAAACUUCCCAUGGCUGGACGUGCUACUCAACAAAGUAGCGCCAUCCCAGCCUGGAGAAAAAGAAUCGAGGACCGUAUCGCAAAGGCAAGGGCCCUUAUCUGCAGACUGACAAGCUUCAGGUCGGGAAAUAAUAGACCGAGAGUUGUGCGCACCGUUAGAAAGGCGUUUGCUGGGACAAAUAUUAGUUUGUCCCAGCCGGAUAUCAGGCAGAAACUAACGGAGCGCAUAGAUGACCUGAAGCAAAAAAUCGCUGCUUGGGGGAAGCGGAUUCGACGAUUUAGCGAGAGGUCAAGGCGGUUCAAUGAGAAUUGUCUCUUCCAGAGUGAUCAGAAGAGGCUCUAUAAAUCAUUGGUGCGACCAGAGCCAAAAACGGAAGAAUCAGUUAAACGCGGAUUGAGCAACAAAUGUGUGGCGAGACAAACGUCCUCGUGCCUUGCGAUUGAACUAGUAGGAUAUAUGGACAAAAUUCUUAAGACAGCUUCUUUUCAACUUACAGAUGAUAUUAUGAUUGUCGAUGAAAGCAAUGGAACCGCUGCCAAAAUGCCAGUACCAUCUGAAUCCCUUGCAAGGGCCGGUACAUCACUCGAAGAUAAAGCGCAACAAAUUAUCAUGAACAAACUCUGGAAUUUCGCUACCACACGAUCGCUGAGAUACAGACUUCUUAAUAACGCAGACGUUGUUAUAUCUGGAAAGCAAGAAAAAGACGGCAGCUUUGAUGUGGGUGUAUCAAUGAAGGCACCAAAAGCAUUUGAAACUGGAAGAGCAAAAAACAAGAAUAUGGGAACCUUACUCGCUGCUGCUGCUAUGAAAUUUGGCCUCCUUGGGGCACUGACGUUUAAGGGCCUGUACUUGAUUGUCGGGAAGGCACUUUUGAUCUCCAAAAUAGCUCUACUCUUGGCUACAAUCAUCGGACUCAAGAAGUUAAUCUCUCCACAGACUGGCGUAGCUGUGCCUGGGACUACAAUUGAAAACCACUAA